AUGGCACCAUCCAGAGGCUCUGCCGCCUACAAGAAGAAGGAUGGCACCCUCGCUGUCUCCAAGGACGGUCAGUCGGUGUCAUGGACGCCGGUGGCACCUCCACGAUCAGAACCCGCCUUGACACUGCCCGUCUCGAAUAUCACUAACCUUCAACAGACGCCGGCAACCAACUCAAAAGUGAUGCUUAAGAUCUUUGCUCAAGCUUCAGGUACAUCUACUUCAGAAACCCAUACCUUCACGUUCACGUCGCCCACGACCGCGAGGGCCGAGGCGGAUACCAUCAGAGAUGCCCUCAGCAAGACGAUCCAGAUCAUCAAAUCUGGAGGAGCCCCACCGGCUGCGUCAGGAGGAGCUGGGGGUUCCUCUGCAGCCAUGGCUAUCGCAAGUGCCGUGUCUUCAAACCCCAGAGCAGGCGCAGACUCGCGUGCCUGGUAUGAUGACGAAAAGCUAAAGAAAGACGUGGAGUUACAACAGUCGAUACUGAAAUCCAAUCCAUCACUUUCCAAGACUUUCAUGGAAUCCUUGCGAACGAAGCCUGAGUCCAUAUCAAGUUCCCAAUUUACGGCCCAGUUCUGGUCUACCAGAGUACAUCUUCUACGAGCGCAUGCUAUCGAAAAGAAUCAGACUAGAGGCGCCUACAAUGUCUUGUCGAGUAUCAAGCCCAUGACCGUGGACAAUGCAACCAGGCUUAGCAUAAGCAAAGAGCAAAUACAAUUGAUAUUCAAUCAACAUUCUCUCGUCAAACGUGUCUAUGAUGAAAACGUUCCAAAGCUCAGCGAAGAAGCUUUCUGGUCUCGCUUCUUCCAGAGUAGACUCUUCAAGAAGCUCAAGGGCGAGAGGAUAACGGAAGCCGAUCCUACGGACAAUGUACUCGACAAGUACCUACAGUACGAUGAUGAUGCGGAGAGAGCCAAGCAGCUUAUGGCGUCCCAUGUUCCGCAUAUCAUUGACGUGGAGGGCAAUGAACAGAAUCACAGCCAGCGCAAGGGAAAUCAACCGGAUCUCACGAUGCGCCCAAGUUCCUACGACAGAGUACCAAUCAUCCGAACUUUGAAUUCUUUGAGUGAAAAGAUACUAUCUCAUGUAGCGCCUAACGACAUCGACCCUUCCUUGCCCAUAGGCGUUGAUGAAGAAACAUUCAACGAGCUCGCCCUACGGGAUUUACAAGGCGAUGCUGCCGAGAACCGUGUGAUUCUCAACAUCAAAGACCAAAGCCGCUUCUUCAAUUCUGACAAAGGAAGCGGUGUCUCGGCAGAUGCGCUGCUCUAUGCCAAGCAGGACCCAGUCAAAGUCCUUCGGUCAAUACUAUCGGACCUGGCGCGCGUCAGCUCUAAUACCAACCUCGACACCGCUAUUGGUGUAGAUGACGACAGUGAUAGCGAUUAUGACGAUGAGUCUAACCUGAAAAAGGGCCACGUAGGUAGCAAAGCUAGUCUUUCAGGGGCCACGGCCCAAAUGCUCUCCGCCGUCGCCCAACAGCGGGCCCAGAGUGAUGACCUUUCCGCUUCCUCGUCCGGUUUCUCCACGGUGCAAUCGUCGUCAACCUCUGGCCUUUCAGCAGCCAUUUUCGACCGCCUCUCCCUCACCCAUGCAACCACCACCGAGUUUCUCCAGCACUUCUGGUCCGCUUUCCUUUCCGGCGACCCUAAUAGGGCUGAUGAAAUCGGCAAGCUGUUCGAGACAUUGAACAGAGCCAUGGAUCGCAUCAAAGCGGUCGCUACGGACGCUGAAGCGGAGCGCCAAAAGGAAAUCGAGAAGUUGAAGAAGCAGGUACAGGAUCUUUUUGAGCGGACGGGCAAGAGGCGGAGGAUGGAUUAUGAGAGCACUCCAGGGGGUGCAAAGGCAGUCGAUCAACUGUUGGCGCCCACGGUGAAGGCGAUCGAGGUUGCUACGAAGCAGUACAAGAAGGCUUUGGCGCAGCAGAGUGAAGAAAAUGGUUAG